AUGGAUUUGUCGGCUUCGUCUUCAUCUAGUGAUGAUGAAUUAUUUAUUAUUGAUGUUUUACAAUUGCUACCAAGACCACGAUUUUUUCGAGACAGGUCUAAUCCGCUGACAGAUUAUGAUGAUGUAGAUUUUAAACAAAGAUUCAGAUUGUCAAAACGUAUGUUCAUAAAUCUACUUGACAUGAUAAGCCACAAUAUAUCUCAAAAUACACUACGAAAUGUGUCAUUGUCACCAAUGUUACAGCUUCUGAUAGCCCUGAGAUAUUAUGCUACAGGUGCUUUUCAGGCAGUUUUAGGUGAUCAUAUACAUGUCCACAAAUCGACAGUUUGCCGUGUCAUUAAAAAAGUUUCUGAAGCUAUUGCAUUUCUAAAACCUAAAUAUAUACAAAUGCCAAGAUCACAAACUGAAAUCGACUUAGUUCAACAUGAUUUCUUUUUAACACGUAAUUUUCCAAAAGUUAUUGGUGCAAUUGAUUGUACCCACAUAAAAAUUCAGUCUCCCAAUAGUGACAUUGGAGAGAAAUUCCGUAAUAGAAAAGGAUUCUUUUCUGUUAAUGUACAAGCAGUGUGUAAUAGCCAUAUGCAAUUUAUAAAUAUUGUAGCUAGGUGGCCUGGUUCAGUUCAUGACUCUACAAUAUUCGACAAUUCAUUAUUACGAGCACAGUUUGAAAACAAUGAGUUUGGAAAUUCGGUUCUUGUAGGUGAUGGGGGUUAUGCUUGUAGAAAUUAUAUGAUGACACCACUUGGAAAUCCUACAAGUGAAUCAGAACUACGAUAUCAGAAAGCUCAAAUUGGUACUAGGAAUGUCAUAGAGAGAACAUUUGGUGUAUGGAAGAGGCGGUUCCCAGUUUUAUCUCUAGGAAUACGAACCCAAAUACAGACUACUCUUACCACAAUUAUUGCUACUGCAGUGUUGCACAAUAUGUUAAUUGCAGCAAAUGAACCACUGGUUAUAGACGAAACACUACUUACUGCUGAUAUGCUGGAUCAAGUUCCAGUAUUGCCUUAG